GCACAUAAUAAAUUGCAAAAAAAUAGUAAAGAGAGGUCCCAUGUACCCAUCACCCAGUUUUUCUUUAUGGUAGCAUCUAACCGUAUGGUAUUAACAGUACAUUAUCCAAACCAGGAAAUUGACAUUGGCACAAUACAAUUAAUUAGCUGAUGGGCUUUACUCAGAUUUUUUGGUGAAUUUUAAAGCUGUAAAAUACCCAAUGCAGAUUUUCACUAGUUAUGAUAACUGUCCUACUGUUCUCAUCCAGUGGAAGAAAUCACGUUGAUUUUUUUUAAAUAAAAUGAUUCUGGACACACACACACACACGCACCCCUUUUUCUGAAACCUUAAAAACAAGUCAAAGUUUUUCAUUUUGUUUUUUAACAUCUUCCACAGGCUACAAUUUAAUUAAGCAGUGACACUGGAGAUGAAGAAUGAUUUGGAGAUAGAAACAGAUGGAUUAAAAAUGGAUUUGGAAAUCAUAGGAGAUGGAAGAAUGAAUCAAGUAUAGCACAGGGGUUUCUGGCUUCAGCAACGGGCUGUGUGGAGGAACAUCUGUUGACACAGAGCAGUACUGGGAAGGGACUGGUUUGAAGGGAACAUCAUGCAUUCAGGCUCAGGCUUGUUCAGGGUGACAGGUCUGAGACAUUUAAGUUGAGGUGUGACAGGUGAGGUAUGGGGUCUAGAGAAUAAGAGACAUCUGAACCGAAGUUACUCAAUUGGAGAGGGGGCAUCACACAUAAAUAGUAUUUAAGGUUCCUUCUCAACUCUGUUCAUGUAUCCCAUAAAUAUUUAUGAAAUGAGUCUGUCUUAGGGACUCAGAGGUAAAGAAGACAGAAAAGGUCAGUGCCUGUCCUUCUGCAGCUUGCUUGUGACAGACAGGAUAGAGUGGUGGCUUGGUCCAGGCAGCCUAAAAGAGGGAGGUCAGUCACAAUGUGUAUUUUGUGAUGAGACCUGUGAUAUAAGCAGUGGCACGGAGGACCCCACUGAGAGUUUCCUCCUGCCAGGAGGACAGGGACACACAUAUGUUAUCUCUGUGCCCUCACACAUUCUACCCCAGGCCCAGUGGAGUCCUCUUUAGAGGUGAGCAAAUGGAAAGGGAGGUGGGAGAUGAGGGGUUGGAAGGAAGUGUGCAGUGAAGGGCUGGGGAGCCAUGGAGGCCAAGAGGAUGGAGGGUUGGGGGGCUGUCUGUGGCCUCAGUUCCUUAUCCCUCCAAGAACCAGGUAGAGGAGCCGUCAGUUACCAGACCCUGGAGCCAUCGCCUGGGCCAGACAUGAAGCGCUCGUGGCAGAUUUUUGUCCUGUGGGUCUUCUGGGUGUUCAUCUUGUGGCUGAUGGUCCCCUGCUUGGAUCCGAAGCAUGAGUGGGCACCCCAGGAAAAAUGGAUAAACAUGGUGCCAUGGCGUUGCUGCUGCCCUUGGUUCAAAUGCAGGAUAAGUGGCUACCCAUCUAGGACCCUCAAUUACUCUCUCUGCCACGACACAGUCAGAAGGGACCAGUUUGAUGCAGGCAACCAGAAGAUGAAGGGAUACUUGAUGGGAGCAGCAGAGUCCACAAGCCCCAAUGCUGUGCUCUGGUGGCUGGGCAUGCACUCAGCAAGUGAACUGGGCAAAGUGUGGAAGAAGCUGUUGGAGGCAAUUCCCAGGCCCUCAGUGAGCCAUCUCCAUCUCUUCUGCGGAUCUUGUGCAUUGACAGGGAACUCAAAGAUCCUGAGGGCCACCAGCCUCCAUAGCAACGUCAACCAGUACAGUGUGGUCUCCAGGAAUGCCAGGGAUCAGGGUUCCUGGAGACAGCUGCUGCUGCUGCUGCCGAAGCUUUUUGAUCUGGCUUGGACUUCAGAUGUUCUGAGUGAGGAGGUGAUGGUCUGGGAACCCUGACACUCUUAGUACCAGGGUGGGGGGCAGUAUGGAGAGGUCACUGCAGGGGAUGACAGAGGUGCUCCAGGGAGACCCUCUCCUGGCUUACUGGGGGAACCUGCAGGACCUUCCCAGUCCUCAGGAGCUGCUGAAACUUCCCCACCUCCUAAUUCUCCCUUAGAUUUUGGAAGAUGGUCCAGUUCCCUAGUAGAAUGAAAGAAAAGAUCAGCUAAGCAGAUGGGAGGCAGAAAGAUGUGGCUUCAGGCCGCUGUGGGAAGGGUCCCAGGUUGGCUUCCUCCCACUUCUUCCCCAGGUCCUGGUGAUCAGCCCCACCUUCCUCAGGUACAACUAGGGCAACAGGCUGGAUAACAGGGUCAGUAUCCAUCCCCAGGGCUUGUGGCUCUGUUCUGUGCCUUGCACACCUGUGACCCAAUGGAAGAUUCUUGUUCUUUCCUCACUUUAAACUUUUCCCCUCUAUGCCUUUAACAUAGCGUCUAAAAAGUUGUCUAGCUUCCAAGACCCUGCAUGAUGGGACCCUGCCCCUCCCAUCUCUCCCAGGCUCGCACAUCGGGCUUCUCCAUGUUCCCCAAACAUACAAUCUGCCUCGUGCCUUUUCACACAUGGCUCCCUCUGUCUGGAAUGCCCUCUUCUUGUCUCCCUGGGGAAUCCUCUCUCUUCCUCAGCUGGUUAAUGCUCGUUUCUGGGCUCUGGGGUCAUUCUGUGUAUUCAGAGUCUGUCUUCCUUGGAGGUCAGCUCUGUUUUUGUGCCAGCUCCAGGAGACAGCCUGUCACCCUCGACCUCGAAUGAGGGAGGUGGGAUGAAGACAGGAUUCAGCCUGCUGAGGCAUACUUCCCUCUCUCACCCACCAGGAUGUCCAAUUUGGAUUUGAAUCAGAAAAGCAAGGAAAGUGGUCCCAUUACUGGGAGGAUGUUAAUCAGACCAACUGCUCCAAGAAGGUUCUGUCCAUGCACAGCACAGAAGCAGAAACGGAAGUCAGCUCGUGUGACUCUAGUCCUUUGGCCGUGAAUACAGGAGAGUGUUGGGGUUGCAGCAGCAGGACGAUGGGGCCAUUUAGGGGUAAAGGGCAAGAAGAAGUUGUAUUGUGACCAGUCUGGUACUAAAUAAAAUCCUGGCCUGAUUCUCUUACCUGCAAGGACAGUGUCAGGGAGGAAAGGCCCGACUUGACUUCCAUAGCUCAGGGGCAAUAUUUGCAUUAAUUUCUCUGCCUGGUCUCCUGGAUCAUGCAGGUGGUGCAAAUUUAGAGCCAACCCCAUGCAAAGUGCAGGCCCAGAUUGAGUCUUGUGGGGGAGCUCUUUUCCCAUUGGAUAAAAAUCGAGAUAAGCUUCCUUAUUUCACCCAAUGCUGGCAGGUAAAUUUUUUUCUAGCCCAGCUUUCUGCUGAAGGUUCAGCUCUUUGAGGUUCCCAGUGUUUUGUUGGGGCCUCCAUUCCAAUUCUCUGCUUCCUCUGAGAUCAAGGUCCUCUAUCCACAUGAGCAUUAAACUCCUAAAUUCUUGGGCAGCCCAUUAGGCAGCUCAGAUACUCUUUAUGCUGUUUUAGAUUUUGCUUUUCGUUUCUGGCAUCUGAGGACUUCCUAGAUAUAUAUAUAUAUAUUUAACUACUGCUCUGUAUUAAAUUUUUUUUUUUUUUGCUUUUUUAGGGCU